AUGGCGUUUGAGUCCUGGCCUGCAGGUGGAGUACGUCCUGUGGAGGAGCUGGACGUCAGGAGUUUCCUGAUGGAGGAGAACAGCACGGCGGAGAGGUGUUACCGCUCUCACUCGCGCAGCAGCGUCCUGCAGGGUCUGCCCUUCGGUGGAGUGCCCACUGUCCUCGCCAUCAACGUUGUGCUGUGGCUGAUCCUGCUUCUGAUCUUCUCCUGUUUGAGAAAGGCAGCGUGGGACUACGGCCGUCUGGCUCUGCUUAUGAAAAAUGACAGUUUGACAUCACUAUUCUAUGGAGAACAAAGCGAGAAGGAGAAAACCCCAUCAGACUCCAGUCCGUCAGACUCAGAGACCAAGGACAUGGGCUUCUGUUCCUGGCUCACAUCUUUGUACCACAUGAAGGAUGAAGAGAUCCGCAGUAAAUGUGGCAUUGAUGCGGUCACAUACUUGUCUUUCCAGCGCCACAUAAUUCUGCUGAUGAUGGUAGUGUGUUUGCUGUCCCUCACCAUCAUCUUGCCCGUGAAUCUCUCUGGAAACCUCCUCGAGAAUUUCGGACGAACAACGGUGGUUAAUGUUCCUGCACAGAACAUAUUUCUGUGGUUGCACAGUAUCUUCGCUCUGCUGUAUUUUGUGAUCACCGUGUUGUGCAUGGCACAUCAUUCCUCACGACUGGAAUACAGAGAGGACGAGAAGGUGGCCAGAACUCUAAUGAUAACGUCAAUUCCCCGCGAAAUCUCUGAUCCCGGCCUGAUCACCAAACACCUGCAUGAAGCUUAUCCCAGCUGCACCGUCACAGACAUCCACUUCUGCUUCAACGUGCAGAAACUAAUGAAGCUGGAUUCAGAAAGACGAAAAGCGAUGAAAGGAAGGCUGUACUUCACAACUAAAGCUCAGAAGAACGGAAGGAUCAUGAUCAAGACUCACCCUUGCGCACAGAUCUUCUGUUGUGAUAUAUGUGGCUUUGAAAAGGUGGAUGCAGAGCAGUACUACAGCGAGCUGGAGGAGAAACUGACAGAUGAGUUUAACGCAGAGAAGAACUGGAUCUCCAUGAAGAGGCUGGGCAUUGCAUUCGUGACCUUCAGGGAUGAGAGAAUGACAGCAGUUAUUGUGAAAGACUACAGUCGAGCUCGCUGCCGCCACAGACCCCAGCAGUCCAGCAUUACCACAGUGGUGCGAUCUCAUCAGUGGGACGUUUCAUACGCCCCUGCCCCUAACGACAUCAUCUGGGAGAAUCUGUCAGUUUGCGGUCCUCGCUGGUGGCUUCGCUGCAUCCUGCUCAACAUCCUGCUCUUCCUCCUGCUCUUCUUUCUCACAACCCCUGCGAUCAUCGUAAACACCAUGGACAAGUUCAACGUCACUCGGCCGGUCGAAAGCUUAAGGAACCCAGUAAUUACGCAGUUCUUCCCCACUCUGCUCCUGUGGGCCUUUUCCAUCCUCCUGCCCUUCAUUGUGUACUAUUCGUCUUUCUUUGAGUACCACUGGACCAGGUCCGGUGAGAAUCAGGUCACCAUGCACAAAUGCUUUUUACUGCUUGUCUUCAUGGUAAUCAUUCUACCAUCACUGGGUCUGUCCAGCUUGAAUUUGUUCUUCAGGUGGCUUUUUGACGUCCGCUUUUUAGAUGAAACAGAUGUAAAGUUUCAGUGUGUGUUUUUGCCUGAUAACGGGGCGUUUUUUGUGAAUUAUGUGAUCACGUCCAGUCUGAUCGGGACAGCGAUGGAGCUUCUGCGUAUUCCUGCUCUGCUGGUGUACUCUCUCCGCCUUUGUUUUGCCAAAUCUAAAGCCGAGUGCAUCCAUGUUAAAAUAAGUCAGGCCUAUGAGUUUCAGUUUGGUCUGGAAUACGCCUGGACCAUGUGUAUAUUUUCAGUCAGCAUGACCUACAGCAUCACCUGCCCCGUCAUCGUACCUUUUGGGUUGUUGUACCUGGUAUUGAAGCAUAUGGUGGAUCGGUAUAAUAUCUACUAUGCCUACACACCCACAAAGCUCAACCAGCGGAUCCAUGCGGCCGCCAUCAGUCAAGUUGUUGUGGCGCCCAUUCUCUGCAUGUUCUGGCUGCUGUUCUUCUCUGUGCUUAGACUCGGUCCAGUGCAGCCCAUUACUCUGUUCACCUUCAUUACUCUCCUGUGCUCCAUUGCCUUCUCCUGCUUUGGAUUCUGUCUGAAAAAACUACGAGCUGACAGAUCAACAAGCUAUCAGCUUUUUAUAGCCUCUGUCCUGCUGGAGCCAGAGCUGGGCUUGACUCCCAUGCCCUCUCCAGCCCACCAGAGCUACGGCACCAUGGUGAACAGCCAGAGUUCAGUGCGGGAUGCCGAAGAAGAUGAAGAGAAGGACCUGGAAGAAACUUUGGAGACUGAACUCAAGGAUGACCUUCUCAUGGACAGUCCGGUGGCUUUUCAGUGA